AUGGCAUCUCAAAAUAUUUAUGAUGACGAAAAGUUUUUUAACAACUAUGCCCAACUACCAAGAUCUAAAAAUGGCUUUGAUUCGUUUUUUGAAUGGCCCUAUUUAAAGAAACUAUUACCAAAUAUGAAUGGUAUAAAUGCAUUGGAUUUGGGUUGUGGAUAUGGGUGGUUUUGUAGAGAAUCUUUUAAAUUGGGUGUAGAUAGUAUAUUGGGUAUCGAUUUGUCAAAUAAAAUGAUCACAAAAGCAAAAGAGUUAGAUAAUGAUUUUGGUAAUAAAGAGGGAUUAUUAUAUAACGAAAAGAUUAAAUACGAAAUACAAGAUUUGGAAUCAUUACAAUUGAAAAAAGAAAGUUAUGAUUUAGCAUUCAGUAUUUUUGUAUUCCACUAUAUCGUCGAUUUAGAAUCAAUGUUAAAGCAGGUACAUCAAUCAUUAAAACCAGGUGGCACUCUUUUGUUUACUAUAGAGCAUCCAAUUUAUUCAUGCCCUAAAGUUUACACCGAUUUUAUUGAUUUAAAUGAAAAAAAGACAUGGCCAGUUUCAGAUUAUUCCAUAGAGGGUGAACGUGUCUCUAAUUGGAUGGCAGAGGGUGUCAUUAAACAGCAUCGUACAAUGGGAACCUAUAUCAACCAACUUAUCAAUUGUGGUUUCUCAAUUGACCAUGUUAACGAAUGGGCUCCUUCAAAAGAUCAAAUAGAACAAUUCGAUUUCUUAAAAAUAGAAAUAGAAAGACCAAUGAUUUUAAUUAUCAAAGCUUCUAAAAAGUAA